AUGUCGUUGCUGGCGCUCGAGUGGUACCAGGAGAGCAAGUGGAAACACAUUAAACAUGCGUUCACACAACCCUUUAAAUUGCGAUUCAACGACAUCGUCCAGAGCAUAACCGCGCUGUCUCAAGAAAUGACUGCGAUGGAUAUUGCUAGCAGCUAUCUCGAACAGCGGGAAAUACGCAAGGUCGUUCAAGAAUUGCAGGCCCUAAUAACGCGAGUCAUCAAUGAACCUCCAAGGGUUGACUUUCUUCAGCAGCCCUCGGAAAUCCAUCUUGACCAGAUCCGCGUCCGUCUUGCCUCAGUCCCUCUCCCCGACCCGGUCGAGGCGUUUCAAGCAUCGCUAUUUCUCUCCAACAGACAGCGCCAGCGGCCCUCGAAUUGGGGGCCGGCAUUCUUGCUUAACGACAAAAUCCGAGACUGGAACCGUUCCCCGAACUCAUCUCUGGUCAUGGACACCGGAAUUCCAGUCAUCUGGGCCUUGAAAACAAUGAUGGCGGGCAGAGAGACCGAUACAGGCGAUGUGUCUACGAUCGAUCUCCUCAAAUAUCUAAUUGUGCAGGCUGUUGUCAUCAACAAGAAAAUUCGGAACUUUGACCCCCUGAACCAGCGUAUUCAAGCGUAUCAAAAUAUCGGAACCGAGGAUCAGUAG